GGCGGAGGUGACUCAGCGCCCCCAACACCCUACAGACAGGUGGACACCUGGGUGAGGCCCUGAUCAGAAGCAAUUCACCAAAACACAAAUGUAUUUACACCAGAGCCACGAGUCGCGCAAUCCGCGAAGACUGCCUGGAGGAGGAAGGCCACCGGGCCAUGGCCACCGAGGCGACCUUGGGUCCCAACGCGACCUGGUGGGCUCCAACCAAUGCGUCGGGAUGCCCGGGCUGCGGUGCCAACGCCUCGGACGGCUCGGGCUCCGUGCCCAGGCCACUGGAUGCCUGGCUGGUUCCCUUGUUCUUCGCUGCGCUCAUGUUGCUCGGGCUGGUCGGGAACUCGCUGGUCAUCUACGUCAUCUGCCGCCACAAGCACAUGCGGACAGUGACCAACUUUUACAUCGCCAACUUGGCGGCCACAGACGUCACUUUCCUACUGUGCUGCGUCCCCUUCACGGCGCUGCUCUACCCGCUGCCCGCCUGGGUGCUGGGAGACUUCAUGUGCAAAUUCGUCAACUACAUCCAGCAGGUCUCGGUGCAAGCCACAUGCGCCACCCUGACGGCCAUGAGCGUGGACCGUUGGUAUGUGACUGUAUUCCCGCUGCGCGCCCUACACCGCCGCACUCCGCGACUGGCCCUGGCUGUCAGUCUUAGCAUCUGGGUGGGCUCUGCAGCCGUGUCCGCCCCGGUGCUGGCCCUGCACCGCCUGUCUCCCGGGCCUCGCACCUACUGCAGCGAGGCGUUUCCUAGCCGUGCCCUGGAGCGCGCCUUCGCGCUCUACAACCUGCUGGCUCUGUACCUGCUGCCUCUGCUCGCCACCUGCGCCUGCUACGGUGCCAUGCUGCGCCACCUGGGCCGCGCUGCUGUGCGCCCCGCUCCCACUGACGGAGCCCUGCAGGGACAGCUGCUGGCACAGCGCGCUGGAGCAGUGCGCACCAAGGUCUCUCGGCUGGUGGCCGCCGUGGUCCUGCUCUUCGCUGCCUGCUGGGGCCCGAUCCAGCUGUUCCUGGUGCUCCAAGCCCUGGGCCCCGCGGGGGCGUGGCACCCUCGCAGCUACGCCGCAUACGCGCUCAAGAUCUGGGCUCACUGCAUGUCCUACAGCAACUCGGCGCUCAAUCCGCUGCUCUACGCCUUCUUGGGCUCACACUUCAGACAGGCCUUCUGCCGAGUGUGCCCCUGUGGCCAGCGACGCCAGCGCCGGUCCCGCGGGUCUGCACUCUCAGACCGAGCCGCAACCCACACCGCGCCGCAGAGUCUGGCCACGCACCCCGCCGAUGGCGUCAGGACGCCCGAGCCUGGAAACCCUUCAGUGCGCUCGCUGUGCGGUUUGCAAGAACAAACUGUUCCACUCUGA